UUUUGGAUUAGUUUACUGUCAAAUCAAAUUUCGAAUUAAAUGUUUCGGUGACUGGCUAAAUUUGGUGUUGUUUUUGUAAGCUUUAAAUGUUCGAAUCUGCCUUUAUACUCAAUCGCUAAUUCGGAAAAUGAACUAAAGAGGAUUCAUAGAUGCCGAUGCCAUGACUGGUUCAAACUAAAAAGUACCCGCCAAAUCGAGAGCCCGCUAAACACAGCUGCCAUUCGAAUCGAUUUUCGACAUUCGCAGCGAAACGCGUGGAAAAACAAAAAAGGCAAUUGAAGCGGCAGGCAGCUAGCAACGAAAAACACACCCACCCACAAAAUCAUGGACAGCGCCGGUAAAAAUCGUUAUGAACUUUUGUUCAUGGACGACGAUGUCAGCGAUCCAUUAGAUAAUCUUGUGGCGCCGACGGCCGCCGCUGCCGCAGCAGCAGCUGGCAAGAAGAAGCAGCCGUCAGCUGCUGCAGCGGCCACCAAAACGACCGCCAAGGUGGCCAACAACAAUAACAAGGCGACCGCAGGAUCCAAUACCGGUGGACCCAAUGCCAAAAAACCAAAUCAGGCCGAGAAGGAAAACAAGCCCAACAAUGCUUUAAACAAGACCGAUGGCAAGAAGUUCACCCCAUCAGCCGACAAACAGUUCAACAACAACGCCAGCAACAACAAACAACAAGGUGCUCCACGGCAAGGAGGUGGCGCCAACCGAACACGUGAGUUUGGCAGCGGUCAAGGACAGGGUCAAGGACAAGGACAAGGUGGCCAGCAGCAGCGCAGCGUAAACUUCCGUCAACAAAACGGCAAUGCCGAGACUCGUGAGCAGCGCAACAAUCGCCGCAAUGUCCGCGAAAACGGCGGAGCACCCGAUGGCCAGCAGUCGCGACCAUACCGCGGCCCAGGCGGUGGUCAAGGUGCUGGCGGAGAUCGUCCCCAGCGUCAAAACCGCAACUACGAUGGCCAAAACAGGAAGCGCGAGUUCGAUCGCCAGUCGGGUUCCGAUAGAACUGGUGUGAAGUCAAUUGACAAACGCGAUGGAGCUGGUUCCCACAAUUGGGGAUCGGUCAAAGAGGCUAUUGAUGAUGUGAACAAGAACGAAAGCGAGACCAAUGUGACCAAUGCAGAGGGUGGCCCCAAGGCUGAAGAUUCUGGCACUGAACCACAGAGCGAGCAGGCUGUUGCCGAGGAGGAGGCCAAAGAGCUGACCUUGGACGAGUGGAAGGCACAGCAAGGACAGCGCAUAAAGCCGACCUUUAACAUCCGCAAGGCUGGAGAAGGCGAGGACACCACACAAUGGAAGAAAAUGGUCGUCUUAACUAGCAACAAGAAGAAGGAGAACGACAGCGAAGAGGAGCUCGAGUACGAUCCUGCCCUUUAUCCACAGCGUGUGGGUAGGCAGCAGCGCGUCCUGGACAUUCAGUUUAACUUCAAUGAUGGUCGCCGUGGCGGACCAGGCGGUUUCGGAGGACGCGGUGGCCGUGGAGGUCCCAGACCCGGCGGAUUUGGAGGCGGACCGCGCAGCGAGGGAGGCAACCGCGAUGGCGGCAACCGUGAGGGUGGCCGAGACAAUCGUGAGGGUGGAAACCGUGGCCCACGAGAUGGCCAGCAGCAUAAUAACGAGGGCGGUGCUCCCUCCGCUCAAAAUCAGAGGCCACCCAUCGAUCGUCGUGGUCCGGGAAACAACCAAAACAACAAUCAGAACAGCGGUCCAGGACAGAAUAAGCGUUUUGAGCGACAACAGAACACCGCUCCCAAGGUCAACGAUGAGCGUCAGUUUCCCACUCUGGCUUAAAUCGAUUGUUUGAGCAGGAGUAGUUCCUCAAAUUGCAGUUUUGGUGACUGACGUUGAAAAAUGAAAGCAAGCAGCAGGUUACCAAAAUGAAAUCUUAUAAAUUACGUAUAUCACAGACAAGAAACUUUUUAAAACCUAAAACAAAAAGGGGAUAUUACAAAACAAUUGUAGCCGCCAUAUAAGCCAAAAGCAACAAAAAUACCAACCAACAAGCUAAGCAAAACAUGUAUAAUAAAUUAUACAUAUGUUUAAAAAUAUAUGAAAAGAGAACACACAAAAAGCAAUUUUAGUUUAUACGCGGCCAACUAUUCAGAUUUUACCCGAUAAAAUCGCGAUCAAGCAAGUGACCUCGUGUAAACUAGUCAGUGUCAGGCUAAGUCAUCCGCAUUAUGGAUUUUAUAUCUAGUAACUGUUCACGAUACGAGAUUUUUUCUAAAACGGCAGAGGCGGUCAUAAGAAUUGUUUUAUUGCAUCAACCAAAACCUGAUGUAGUUGUUUUUUUUUUGUUAUUACCACUCACUUAAUCAAAAAAUCAUCCUACCUUAUAAAAACAAAAUGCAGUCGCUAACCAGUGAACAAGGCGAAUAAAAUAAACUAAAGAUAAAAUAUAUAAUAUACAACAUCACAGCCUGAUAAAAUCUUCUACGAAAAGAAGCAAAAUACACUAAAUACAUUACAAUAGUUUGUUUUCACCGAGAGAACAGUAAAAGCAUUUUCAUUACUCAUAAUUUUUUGUUCAAUAACGAAUCACAUUUUCGUAGCGAAAUGUACGUUUUAUUAUUUUUUACUAUGUUAACUUUUAUUUAAAAUAAACAACACCAAAAGGAAGAAAUAUUAAAAAAAAAAUCAAUAGUUCGAGAGAAAGAAACCCAAAACCGAAAGAAUAGUAAGUGUUAAAACCUUUGUAACUGUGUUUCUUGGAUGCAAAUUCUAUGAUUAAACAUUUAAAUUUAAUAAUUAUAAAGCGGACUAUGCAUCAUAUAUACUACUUUUAAUUAUAAAUACCUAACUGAACACACACACACUGAAAUACAAAACAAAACAAUAUUAAUUUAAGCAUUAUUAAAGAAAUAAAAACAAAAAAUAUUGAUUAACUAUUGGAGCAAAUUAGAAACCUUUAAUAAGUAGAUAAUAGUUGGAGGGAAACUUUUGAAGAAACCCAUUUCAGAUGAGAAAACCACUCCCGAAAACGCUAAUUUGAAGAUCCCUGUAAAAUCAUUUGCCUAUAUUAACUAGAAACUGUAUAAAUUAUAUGAGAUAUAUAUAUUCGUACAUGGUAAAAUCAAUUUUAUGAGGGCAAUUACACAAAGCAAAGAAAAUUAAAGAGCAGAUGAAAAAUAUGAAGGAAAUCGUACAUGAAACAAAUACAUUUUUUGAAAUAUUGUAUUGUGUUUUGACCCAAAGAAACCAUUCAACAAAUGUUGAGCAACUCGUUUAAACAUAAAACAAGAACAUUUAUUUGAUAAAAAUAAAGAAACAAAGAAAACAAAA